AGUACCGACCGAGCUGUGGGCACGGACGCACGUCUCGUGCAAACAAACUCGCGAGUGAGGUGUCGUGUUUUUGAAAAUGUGAUUUAGUUUCCAAAAUGGUUGUGUUUGUAAUGCUGAGCGUGCUGAUCGCUCGCAGCGUGUCCCACACUAUAACGCUUCUGGACGUGCCCCUCUGGGUGGACCCUCGGAGGGACGCAGAACUUCGCUGCCAGUACAUCAGGCAGGCUCAGGAUCCCCCAUUACACUCGGUCAAGUGGUACAGAGACACGGCUGAGAUCUUCCGGUAUACGCCUCAGGAGUAUGAGACCAGAGCGUUCAACCAUACGGAAAUAUCAGUGAUGAACAGCUCGUGCGACGCGCGCUCCUGCGCCAUUACAGUUAAACCCGAGCGCGGCACAGCCAAGUAUACCUGCGAGGUUUCCAGUGAGGGCCCCAGGUUCGCUGUCGACAGGAGGUCUUCCAAUAUGACAUUAGCUGUAUUACCAGAGUAUGAACCUCUUAUAACCGGUCUACCGACGCUGGUGCAGGCGGGGGAACAGGCGUUGGUUAACUGCACAUCGGACUACUCUGUACCAGCCGCCACGAUAGACUGGUUCGUGGACUCCGAGCCUCAGGAGGAUCCAUUGACAGUAGGAGUGACGCACGUGUCCAGGGCCGACAGCGAAGGUCUGCGGGCCUCCUGGAGGACUCUCCACGUGUUCCCAGAUGACUACGAGUCACACCGUGGGUAUCUGUCGCUGCGGUGCCGCGCGACAUUAGCGACAAGGCCGCCGCACGUGCGAAGCAUGUCUGUCAGACUGUAUGUUGCUAGUCGGCCGCUCAUAUCUUCUUAUAUGUUUAGUAAAAAUAAUGCUGUAGCCAGCAGCAAUUCGAAUCGAAUUCGAUCUGAGCUCACUUUUUGGACGUUUCUAUUGAUCUUUACAUCGCAAGUGCCUUGUGUAAUAAAUUAAUUAAAUUUGGAUAUACGUAAACGUGUGCUGUGAAUGUGUAUGGUAUAAUAGUGAAUAGUUAUUUAUGACUAAAUAGUUAAAUCAGUGGACUGUUUAUAGUUAAUUGAAUAUAAGAAAUGUUUUAUUGUUAACGAGAAAACGUAAAAUUUGUAAUAAUAAUUUAUUUUUUUAUAGAUUAGAACUGAGCAAAAAUCUUUAUACAUUAUAAAAUAGCCAACACAAAUCAAAUUUCAACACGUUAAAAUUCACAUUUUAAUUAUAUAAGCAAUAAAAUUGACUGAAAAUAAUAUUUCAACCUUGUAAAUUAUUUUGAAUAACUAAAUUAAAUAAUUUAACUAUAAAAUACGGAGAAAUAUAUUAUUUAAUUACUGCAUAGUGCCACUGUUUUACAAACUGUUGGAUAAUGCACUUUAAAUAAUUUUAAGGCACUAAAUUUAUCUUACUAUUAACGUAUGUAUUCCUAUUUAAAUAAUGAUUCACAGACACCCUUAACGUUGGUUAAUUUUAUUUUUUUAAUAACUAGGUAAUUUAUUGAACAAAUAUAUUUUAAACUCUUUUUGUAUAUUAAAGUAGAUAGUUCGAUACCCAAUUAAUGUAUAUAAAGCAAAAAUCUUAAUGUAAAAAUAGUUAUAAAAUAUUUAUGUCAAUGAAUUUAUUAAACUGCUCGUCUAGCCAUAUAAUUAAAAUGAUGGAUGAUUUACACAAAUAAUAUAAACAAAUUGGAAGAUUUUUUUGUUUGUUUUCAAUAUUAUUUAUGUGUUUGUCGCCUAAGAAGUAAUUUUCUAUAUAGGUAUAUAAGUGAAAUUUAAUAACUGUUACUUUGUUUUAAACUUUCAAAACUCAUCAUUUACAUACUUCAUAAUCUUUAUUAUUUUAAUUCAUAAAUACAAUAUAAUUUGAAUUACAGUGACAGUAGAAGAGGCAAGGAUUGUUCUUAACCUGCAAUCCAGAAUUUAACUUAAAACACAAAUUUAUAAAUGCUUUUUAAACUUGCGUUUGAAACAUUGAAAGCACGUUUUCGGUACGAAUGCUUCGCGUCCGCAUUCUCAUAUUAAACACUCGUUUCUGUUGAAAAGGUGAAGGAAUUAAAACUUUUUGUUUCUCUCACAAAUGCGAAGCAAUUUCCCGUCGCUGAAUAAAAAAGGCGGGAAUCUUUAGUGGAAUGUUCUAGCACUACCGUUGCUAGAAAAAUAUUAACUUUUUUUUUAACAAAAAAUGGAAUUUUUGACGCAGCUGUUAUUGUUGUCCGAAAUCUUAAUUAAUUAAUUAAUAUUCAAUGCGUGACCAUAAAAUCAUGUCUAUUUAGUAAACUAUUGAGGAGUAACCUGGUCAGGAGCCUUUCCUGGAUGCACCGCCAGGUUAUGCCCAUCAUAAUAACGCAUUAUAAUCCAAACUAAAGGUGUGUAUAAAAUUUCAGAUAAAUCGGUUAAAGAUAAAUCUGCCUCGAAAUUGAGUUAAAAUUUUUAUUUUUUAUAUUUUAAUGCAUGUUAAAUAAAAGUAAACCUAAAAAUACAUUAUAAUACAAGAAAACUGUUUUAGUAACAAGAUGAUAACUUAAUAUUGUUGUUGUAUAUAAAAAGUAUUAAUAAAAUAAUGCAAAUAUUUUGUUAGUUCUAAUAGGACUUCAACAGCGGGCAGCUGAGCUGAGAUUAAGAUGACUAUCGGAAUAUUAAUUUUCAUUCAUGCAAUUAACAUUAGAGAUAAGAUAAGAAUAAGAAUUUUCUUUAAUUAUAUGAUAUAAUAAUGUAAUAUGUAUAAAAAUUUAUUGUGUAAUCAAUGUUGUAAAUAUUUAUAAAUCAUAUCGAUUGUGUAACAACGAUUAUAAUUAUAAAAUGUAUAUUGUACACAAACCGUGUGAUAUAAUAGAUUUAUUUGUUUGUAUAUCCAUGUGCCAAUAUAUGAGUAGAGAGAAUAAUUAAUUAUAAUUGAGAUUAUAAAAUAUAAUGUCAGUUUUUUUUUCUAAAAUUAAUUUUAUUUACCUCAUACUAUACACUUGUAUAAAAUAUGUAAACUUAGCUAAUCAAUAUUUUUUUCAUUAUAUAUUACAUCAUUACAAAGGGCAUAAUUUACAUAGCAUUAUUAAUAUUCUAUGUAAUGAAUUCACUAAUUUAUUUAAUUAAAUUGUAUUUUACCUAUGACAAAAGUCUCAAAAAAAAUUGUUGCUUAAGAAACUAGAAAUUAUUUUUAUUAAUAAAGAUAUUUGUUAUGUAAGCGCAAUAAUCGCUACUUCAAUAAACUCCUUAAAUAAAUUAUAAAUUGCUUCAAAUUUGGCAUUGAAUAACAAUUUUAAUGAGUAUGUUUGUGAACACUUUUUUUUCUAUUAUUAAUGAUUAUAUAAAUAGAAAACAUAAAAAUCUUAACGUUCAAACGUGUGAAUGUUUGUUUGAAUUAUACUUAAAGGUAAUACCGAAAUGUAAAAAUGCAACUAUUUUUCCUCAAUAUUAAAAAAAAGUAUUGCAGAUUCUCAUGUAUAUAUUUAUUUAGUUUUUGUCCAAAUAAAAUGUGUUUGUAAAUAUUUGUAUGAAUAAUAUUAUAAAUUUUAGUAAAUCACAGCUAUAUUGUCAAUUUUGUCACAAAGGCAUAUUCUCUAUUUUAUAGAUAGAUAAAAUAUUUAUUUGUAAAACAAAUACACAACAAGACUAAAAACACAAAAUAAACACACAGUAUUCAUAAGCACAAUUGGAGAGCAAGUGUACUGUGUUGCAGCAAUACAAAAAGGCCCAUCUCAGUACACAUAUCACCCAGAGCGGCGAUACACUGAUUUUCAGAUGAGACCUGAAUCAGUGUGCGAACUGUGUGUGUAUAUUAACAGUGAGGAAGGAGAUUUAUAAUUACAAUUUAUAUAUUACUUAUACAAUAAACAUUGACCAUAGCUACAUACACGUACCCAACAUAACAUAUAAAGGAAAAAACUGCUGGGCUGCCAGUAUUAACUAGCGUCCCGCCUAGGCUUCGCACGGAUGCAAUAUGCAUGCUGAAUAUAUUUAUAACCCCUCCUACUGAGUCAAUCUAUCAUAAAAACAGCAUCAAAAUUCGUUGCGCAGUUUUAAAGAUACAUAUGGCUAUAGCGGGAAUCGAGUUUGUUUUACACUAUGUAAUGGUAAUUACUUCAUAAUUUUUUUAUUUAUAACAAAUCUUUUAAAAUGGAAAAGUAGACAGUAGCAGGUUAAUUGAUUAAUACGGGUAUUAAACGCGCACGUACCUUUAACACUUUAACACUGCGGACGUUUCAUGUCGUAUUGCAACGACGUAGAAGAAUAUUAUGCCGUGCAGUCGUUGGAGCGGUAAAAACUCAGAACCAUAUCUCAGGGCAUAAAAAUCUCAACAGCAUUCAAGAAAAACUCAUGAUACUUCUAAUUCACGACGCGACUUACUUGUUAACAAUACAAAAUUCAUGUCGCUGGCGGGCCAUCGACGACUGAUAAAAUUUUCAGUCCUCAAGUUCUACACGGCGUUCUAGCUUAACGACACAUGCUACAAGGUAACGCUAUGCGUUUCUGUGUCUUUAUGAUUAAAAAAUAACGAUAUAACCAGUCAAAUUUUUCAUAUUUAUAAGCGGAUCUCAUUAAUGUUUGUUUGUAAUAACUUUUUUCAAAAAUAAAAACCAAUAUUUUAGGUUCUUCAGCUUAGAGCUCUAAGUCAUAAUUUAUUUAAAUAUAAUGAAGACUAUUUUCUAUAAUAUUAAUUGCAUUAUAGAGAGUAUGCCGAAGGUAUAAGCUUUGUCUAUUGUACAGU